CUGUUAAUCAAGAUCCAGAAUUUAGGCCAAAAAUUACAGACAUGUUCAGAGUACUUCGAAUUUGUCACAAAGAAUUUAUCAAAGCUCCUCCAUCACCUAUAAAUUUACAAAAACAAGGUUAUAUGCCACCGAAAAUAAAGAAACCACCGCAACGAAAAUUCAGUAUGGACCAAGAUGAAUUUGCAAUUAAAGAUGAAGAUUUACCAGAUUCUGAGUCAUUCGAUUACAUGACACUUGCUGAAGCAGAAAAACAACAUAGAUUGGUCGAUAGAAGUGGUGCUAUCGUAGGAGAUUUAAAGAAUGCGUACAAAUGUUUCGAAGCGUAUGCAAAAUUCAAUCAAGUCAAGGCUAAAUAUUAUAAAGCAUAUUAUAUUUCAAAAGGAUAUGCUGAUUUUGGUAAUAAUAUUAAGGAAAAAGAAAAAAUUGUGGCGGAUUUAUUUAAAGAUGUUGCUGAUGACGAAGCAAAUGAAUUCCCUGAGGCGAAAUUAAGAUAUGGAGAUUGCUUAUAUAAUGGUAAAGGUGUUAAACAGAAUUUGGAAGAAGCCCUCAAAUAUUUUGAGAAAGCCGCUGAAAAUGGUCUUAAAGUGGCAAU